UUUUCUGUCUUUAAAAUGGGAUAACGUUAACGUGUGGCUAUGUGAUAGCUGAGGAGAAAAUAAAAAAGUUAAAAAACACAAGGAAUUCCGAGCUAUAAGAUACCAUUCGGUAUUAAAUUAGUCGUACAAGUCGUGGAGAUUAAUAGCUAAAUUACCUGCUCGUUUUCAAAGCCAAAUGCAAGGUGUAUCCUGGUUUCUGUUAAAAGUUGUGACAGGAUGUUCAGGAAAAAUGCCUGGAGGAACACAGUCAGUGAUGCAGUGAGUUUCCACCAAGACCAAGCCCUCAACACAACUAUAUUUCUCCUGAAAUCCUUCGGCCCAACAGGAUUUCUGCUCAGAGAGGACGGAGAGGCCAGAAACUUCAAGGUGUGCUUGGGUGACCCACAUACGUGCACUUGCCCUGUGUUCACCAAGGAGCAGGAGCCAUGCAAACACAUAUGCUGGGUUUUACUGCGGAAAUUCAGACUGCCCAGAGAACAUGAAUAUUCAUUUCAGCAUGGACUUGUGGAGAGACAGAUCUUGGAGGUGCUCCAUGGUUUACACCAAACCAAAGCCCACCGGAUGGAAGAUGAUCCUUCUACUGCUUCUAGGACCCCGAGCCAACCAGUCAUGGGCCAGGAGGCUGGAAGUGUGUGCCGGAAAGUGAUCCAAGCCCAGGAUGUGUGUCCUAUCUGUCAAGAAGAGUUGCUGGAGAAAAAACAGCCCGUGUCUUACUGCAGGUUUGGUUGUGGCAAUAAUGUCCACAUCUCUUGCAUGAAGGUGUGGGCGGAUCACCAGAGACUCUCAGGCAGGGAAGAAACAGUGAAGUGCCCUCUGUGCAGGGAGGACUUCAGCUCUUUGAAGUUGUUGCAGGAGCAGGUGAAAAACACAGCAAAGCUCUUCACUGCAGCUGAAAGAGAGAAGCCAGACAGACACCUGGGAGUUCUCUGUCACAGCUGCCGGGUCUGCCCUGUCACUGGCAAAUGUUUCAAAUGCAUGGUCUGCAGUUACUUCUAUCUAUGUGAGGACUGCUCAACUAAGGGCCGCCACCCACAGCAUCCGUUCGCUUCACGAACAAAAAGGAGAGAAAAGUGGCACCUUGUGGCAGAGGACCCGAGUGAUGAACCGAGGGGAGCGACCUUUCAGCCUGCAAAUGACAGCAUCAUCUCUGUAGCUGCAGACCCUCUACCAAAAAGCGUGUUGGGGUGUCUACCUAUGGUCAGGGUGAGAUCGGGAUCUCGGCUUUUGGAUGAGGGACAGCAGUGUCGGAUCUGUCUGCAGGAUUUUAGCCUGGGCCAGCGCGUCCGAACUCUGCCCUGCCAUCACAAGUUCCACGCAGACUGUGUGGAUGGGAUCCUGCAGAAGUCAAACUCCUGCCCCUUGGAUGGAUAUGUCAUUUAUAACCCCCUGACUUGGAGAACCAGUGAAAGGAAGACCUCCCCUAAGUUGGCCUCAUGCCUUUUCAGUGGCUGUGCCAAACGACCAGAAAACAACUUAAAGGACCUGUUUAUUCCAGGUGUGGCACUUUGGGACAGGAACACUAAAGUCACUCCCUCACACGGUUCUCUUAACUUAGAUGUGCUAACAGGCUCUUCAGUAACUUUAAACACCCCACAAAAGUUAAUAACUGACAGGUUUCAAGGCUUGUGCAUAGCUACAACGGACACUGUGACGAAGAAAGGAACAAGAGAGUUGCAGAGAAAACAAACUCUUUUUAUUCCUGAAAGCAGCUCUUCUUUUGAUCACCUAAGUAAAUCUGACUCAAGUGCACGUUCCUCAAAAAAGACAGUGAGAAAACAGAUCAGAGAGCAACCACACUUGAACCUUUUUGUUGGUUUGUGGAGACCAGAGUCAGACCACACAGCCACAGUGGCCUUUCCUGCGAGGCGAACUAGACUGCAACCCAAAAGGACAGACGUGGUAACCAUUAAAGAUACAAACAACAGACUCAUUUCAGAGCUAAGAAUGACUGGAGUCUUGAUAAACACACAGAAUCAGAGAAGGACAGAGGAUUAAAAUAGUUUUUUUUAAACUUAGGUGGGUUGAAUGUUUAAGGUUUCAGUUGUGUAUCUGCACUUAUUUUCCUUUAACUGUUUAUAAAGUGCAAUAAAUCAAUCAAGUAUACAUGUGUAACCCCUUAAAAAAGAUGUAAAUCUGAAAUAUUGUUUUUGUGUUUGUGUCAUUUUGCUGAAAUUACAUUUCUACAUAAGUAUAUGCUUCAAUGUUGAAAAAGGAUUGAAAUCAUCU